UCAAGUGUUUGCCUCAAAUUACAGGAUUAUUCAUUUUCCGAGAAGAAGUGUGCAUUUCUAAUUGGUCUCAAGUAGCUUAUUUGGCUAAUUAAAUAUUUGCGAAUUUAAUAGAUUCGCGGUGUCGUUAGAUCAAGGGACAUCAAGUCUAGUGUCUUUCACCGAUCUUUACCUAAAAACAUCUUGGAGUGCGUUGAACUUACAACUGUUCAUACAUUAUCAAUAUCAGAAGACUAUAAAACAUGACCGAAAAUUGAGGGAAUCUUAGUUAAGUCUAAGACUCAUUCUAGAGUAUAAUAUGGAUCCAAGAGUGGUGUUCCGAUUCCUUGGCGGAUUAGUUUUAAUAAUUGGUGUUACGGGUGCAGAAAAUGAUAGUGAUGUUGGCGUUGCAACGGGUCGUCGUUUGAAUUUUAAUCCUUUCACUAACUUCAACAAUUUCAACAACUUUAACAACUUUAACAACAACCUCAAUAACAACAACUGGAUAAGUCCCCAACAGGCUCGUUAUGCUGAUUGUACUACGCAGUUGGGAGCAGGGGGUCUUUGUAUGCGAUCAAAGGAGUGUGGACGCAGUGGCGGAAUUCCUUCCGGAUUUUGCUCUGGAUUGAACGUAUGCUGUUUAGUUGCGUUGCAAUGUGGUGGUGCAUCCAGUGCUAAAAAGAUUAUUAUAAACAACAACGUCGCGACCACGACGACAGGUUCCUCAACAUGCGCAUAUACCAUCAAUAGAUUCAGCCCAUAUGUUUGUCAGUUAAGGGUUGAUUUUAGCACCAACAUGCCGAUGCCAACUUCAACUUCAACAGAUGGAACACUAAUGCCCAGUUGCACAGGGACCUACCUACAGAUCAACAAUAUACAAUUUUGUGGGGUGAAUAAUAACCAACACGUGUACGUUCCAUUCGCCCCACCCACCUCGUCAUACCAAAUAACAGCGGCAGUUAGUAGUACAGCAACGAGUGGGUCUGUAAGUGCGAACUGGCAGGUGACCAUCACUCAGUUAGAAUGUCCGCCGAGUAAUUCAACCUCCUUAUAUACGUCAACAAACUUAUAUGAUAACACGAACCUAAACACAAAUCUUUUCACAACUCAGUAUCCAGGACAAAUCUUAGAUUUCAGGAAGUUACUUAAGAAGCGAAACUUCGAUACAGACCUGAUAGCGCCAAAUGGAUGCCUGCAAUAUUUUCCUGCUCCAUCAGGAACGUUUGAAUCCUUCAAUUAUAAUGGUGGCCUCGGGCCCUACAUGCCAAAUAUGCAGUACGCGAUCUGCUUCAACAGACUUCCAACAUCAACAGGAAUUCAAUUUUAUGGACAAACUUUCUCCAUGAGUUACAACGAAGGACUUCAAUAUGAUGAUGACUGCUUCGACCCGAUCACGCCAAGCGCCUCCAAUGAUUUUCUACUCAUACCCUACUCAACAAUUACCCAAACCAUGACUUCGGCCACGCGAUACUGUGGUAAGAUUCUGGACAAACAAAACCUAGUGGCCAAUCCUCCUGGCCCAUUCGUUGUUCUUGUUAAUACUGGCGUCAGAUACCGAUCAGAUGCAACAAACCCAACGACAGAGAGGGCUUUUCGAAUUGACUAUAGUGUUAUUGGCUGAGACGCUACGUCAACGAGGUAACCUUAUAAUUUGCAGUUUGCUCCGAAAGGAGUUACUUCUGAAAAAUUCAAAUCAAUAAUAGAAAUAAAUUCGCCAUCAAAGUCGAAA